GGACAAUCUGAAUCUCGCCGCGAGGCGAUUCUCAUGGCGGUGAUGAAUCCGUGGAAAGUGCGGGUGCUGUGCAGCACCCGGGAUGCCGUCAUGGAGUCGUCGCUGAUUUCCAAGCAACCGCUCAAUCCCCGUCAGUUUGAAUACCAUCCUGUCGAUCCAUCGCUGCUCGUGUUUGGAACAUUUUCAGGACAAGUGGUGGUGUGGAACCACUCAGUCAACCGCGCGCAUUUUGCGUCGAGGGCACACCAGCUGAGUCCAACAGAACAGGUUUUAGGGCUCUCAUGGUUGCACAAACGCGAGUAUCAAGAUAGAUUCGUGGUCGGGUCCCAAAAAGGCACGAUCUCGUUGUGCUCAAUGACCACCCCUUCCCAGCAACCACGUCAGUUUGUUCCAUUUCCCCACCUCAGCUCCGUUCACGUGAGCAUGGACGACCAGCAAGUCCUUGUGAGUGGCAAUUCCCACUCUGUGCGCAUUUAUGACAUGCAGUCCGGCCAUAUCGUUCGCACGUUCGACGACAUUCACGAAAAGGAGAUCAACCUUUCCAGGUUCGCCAAUUUAUCCCCAACGCUCUUCGCGACCUGCUCGUUCGACAAAACUGUGAAGCUCUGGGACACCCGAAGCCCCACGACAACCCCCAUCUACACAUGUAUGUCGGCAGGCGAGAACCUCACCAUUUGCUUCUCUCCCGACGACCAGCGGCUGCUUGUGUCUGCAAUCGAUGACGAGUUCAACCAAUUCAGCCUCCUGAACGGCAAGCUUGACUGGGGGCUCGCCCCCCAAAGGCACGGAGACAAGUCAUCGUAUUCGCGGUCGUAUUACACAACAAGCGGCAACUUGAUCCUGAGGUUCGUUUUGUUUUGUUCUUGGAGAGAAUACCCCUGAACACAAUGCAAGUGGUUCGACGGACCACUCCGUUGUGCGCAUGUACUGCGCCCACACCGGUCGCCUCUUGCAUGGAUCAAUCCAGUACUCUGGCCGCAAACAGUCGGCUCUGCACACGCUAUCACUGCGAGCAAAUCCACACGACGAGUUGAAAUUCUGUGCGCUCGUGGCGUACACGGAUGUGUGCCAAAUCAACGAGUUGAUCGAAAAUACGAUGGUCGGGACUGGCCAAUCGUCCGAUGCUGAGUACAUCCACACGUUUUCUCCGUCUUGGGAAUUCCGACAAGCGACAACGGCCACUCUGCUGGAGGAUAAGGAAACAGCUGACGUCGAGUUCUCAGUGCAUUCGCAGUGCGUUCGAGCCCAUUCGAUUGUGCUUGCUGCUCGGUCGCAGCGAUUGGCUGCACUGCUGACAAGUCCCCGCGAAGGUCGACCAUGUGAAAGUCCUGUGGCUUUUGACCAAGUCACGGACGAUGGCGCCCAGUUAGUCGUAUGUGGGUAUCGCUUGCGCGUGUAUUGUUCGAUGACGUCGCUGCGCGCGUUUUUGGUGUAUUUGUACUCGGACAACGUCGACAUGCCGGAUUACGACCCGUCCACAUGUCAGCAUCUCGUACAUUUGGCGCUUUACUUUGACCUCCCGCACCUCGUGUCGCUCAUCGAGAUGAAGUGCUCGCAGAACCUGUCGAUCCAAAAUGUCCGCUCGGUGUCGAACUUUGCGCUCCAAAAUCAACUCCACCAACUCCUGUCGUCGUGCCUGCGGUACCUCAUCAUGCAUCGUGGCGUGAUCGGGUCUCUGCAAGGGUGCUACCCCAGUAUACGGUACUUGCUCAGCGAAGAACUCAAAGGAUGUACCUACACCCAAGGCAUCCUGGAGUGUUACGGCCAUCUCUGCAUCGUCGACUCGUUGCAUCGGUUGGUCCUCAUCGGCGGCAUUUGCCACUCGACCAUUCACCCGAGCUACAUCUCACCCAAGCAUGUUCUUGUUCUCGACAUGGAAGCCAGUCUAGGCACGAAGGUCAACACAACGGGCGACUGUCCUUCAUCACUCGUGUUCAGCGCCGCCUGCGCCAUCGAUGCCGUCAGGUACAUUGUGUGCGGAGGGGGGCACUCCCAGCAACCGAACGACGACCUUCUACUCUUCGACUCACGAGAGUUCCGAUGGUCCAAAGUGGAUGUGGUAUCCACCUCAUCUCCUGUCCUCGGGCGUGUGGGUCACUCUCUGACGCGAGAUAUGUCGCCGCAAGGAAGUCGAUUGAUCCUGUUUGGAGGCUGCAACGUCCGCACGAAGGAGUACUACAACGAUGUCCAUUGCUUGAACAUUACUCAAAACAACCGACUCGACUGGUCAUGUCCGAUGGUGUUGGGUACCCCUCCACUGGCAUGCAUGGCGCACUCUGCCACGACCGUUUACACCAAGAACUCUUUCGACGACGACUGCUCCGUUAUGGUAGUGUUUGGCGGCGCGGGCCAAGGCUACGUUCUCAGCACGCUCAACAUUCUGCACAUGUCGGAAACGUACUUUCGAUGGGAAACCCCAGAGACAAGUGGCCGUGCACCGGGUGCACGGUACGGUCACAGCGCCGUGUGGGUGCAGCCAAAAUCUACCGAGAAGGUCAAUUCGAUCCUGAUCUUUGGUGGAGCGCUAUCGUGCCCGUGCCAGGACUUAUUCGUGGUCGAAAUCUCAAUCGGGGGGCAACACAAACCGUCCUAUGCCACAUGGUCACUCGUGCAGACGCAGGGUGUGCCUCCGUCCCCUCGCUACCGCCACUCGGCUGUGCUGUCAUCCUGCGCUCGAUACAUGCUGGUGUGUGGCGGAAUUGGCAAUGACAGUGACAAGCCAAUGUCGGAUGUUGUGGUGCUCGAUCUCGUCUCGAACGAGUGGGCAAACGGAAUUAUCAAGACAAUUGAGCCAGGGGUGGAUCAUUCGAUCAUUGUCCAACAGUCGAAGUGGUACACGGAUAUAGUGAACAUUGUGGACUCACCAGCCCAAAGCGACGUUGUUUUUUUGUUCGACGCCGACACGCCGCCACUGCAUGCCCACUCGCUCUUCCUCAAGCGAUCUCUUCACAUGCGCCGUAUGCUCCAGACUGGUAUGCUCGAAAGUGUCCAAGGCACCGUGUCGCUCAACAAGUCCAAGUCUACCGUCCGCGCGUUGCUCGAAUUUGUGUACACAGACCGCCUUCGCGUCCUCCCAGGAGACCUGCUGGAAUUGCUUGAUCUUGCCCAUUCGUUCAACAUGGCUAUCCUGUCCAUGCUCCUGCAGGGAAUUGCCGUGAAUUUGCUGGACGAAGUGAAUGUUGCAUCAAUGCUUGUGUUUGCCGACAUCCACGACCUCAAGUCGUUGAAACUCGGGUGCAUUACGUUCAUUUUGCAGCGCUGGAGGUGGGAAGAGGCCAAGGGCUUGUUUCAAGACGAAAUCGGCGGCGCUCUCCGCGACGAGCUUGAGCUGUGGGGCUCCACCCCUGGGCAUGCGUACAUGUUCAACCAAGCCCAGUAUCAUAUCACCGUGUAAAGGCACCCAUUGCGUGGCGUCUGUAUUCCCGGUGUCGGAUCUGUAUUUAUCUCGUUGGUCGGAAUUAUUGCAACGCUAAACUCUAUUUUAUUCAAUCAACUGACACUCUUUAGUUUCGAAACAUUCACAGUUAUCCUUGAGGAUUCAGUCCAAGUCGUCGUCGCUAUUGUCGUACUCGGGGUCGA